CAGCACAGAGGAGCUAGCUGAGGCUAGGCUAACUAACGGAGGCUAGGCUAACUAACGGGAGUUUAAACAGACGUUAUUUAGCUCACUGUUAGCAUGAUGCUAACAUCUCAGUCCAACAUGGCGGAAUAACAAACUAAACUGCAGUUAAACUGAAACAUUCAGCGUUUGAUUUGAAGCUCAGUUAACUGGAUUUAGUGGCUGAGAUUUAAUUAAAAGUUUAAGAGUCAGUUCUUACAGAAUAAUUGACCAAGAAACAUGCGAAGUGAUUGCAGAAAUGAUCAUUCUCAGUAGUUUCGUAAUGUUAUCAAUGAGGUGUUAAACUGUCAGAUUUUUAAAUGGAGUUUGGUCUGACUGUCUUGAAUAUGAUGUGUCUUGAGACAUGCUGAAUUGAAGAGUGGAUACUUCUCUUUUACUCUUUUGUUUUGCAGUGUUAUUUAUGAGGUGUUAACAUUUGACUAGAUAUUAAAAUGCCAGAUAAUUUAAAUCAGCUUGGAAUGGCAUUCAUAAAUAUAACUGGACAUUAGCAUUGGAGUAUGAAACAUUUUAGGAGUGGAUUCGUUGCAUUUACAACCUCUUUUACAGUAUUACCGACUGUGCUGUAGCUGGGUUCACUUUGCUGGGUUAAAAUGUCAGAUUUUCUAAAUGGAGUUUGGUGGGUGAUGCGUGUAUCAUCAUUUCCAUGGCACUGAUGUGAAACAUCAUAAAACAUCAGACGUGUCUAAUUGAACUCCUUUUUAUGAACAAUUUUGUAAUAUUUGGUGGCACACAGUGAUGUUUUAGGUGAAAAAUAAUGGUGUGAUAUGUUGCUGCAUAACUUCUACCAGUUUUUAUUACAACAAUAUUUAACUGUCAGAUUGACUGAUACUCAUACAGUCUGAAAUACAACAUUAAAACUAACCUGUAAAUAAAGAUCACGUUUUGUCUUCUUGUAUGAAGGAGGUGGUGAUGUCACUCAGAUAUCUGAGGCUUGGGCAGUUACCAUGGAGACAGAUGGCGACAGAAACAAUAAUGUCAGCAGUCCUGAACCUGAACAGUCUGCAGAUCCUGGAUCAGACCUGCUGUUUGGCUCCACCUCCUCCCUUGAUUCACCUGAAACAGGAGCCGCACUAAACCCCGCCCCACCGUCAGCUGACCCCGACCCAUCUGAUCCCUUUGUUGACACCUCAGUGACAUCACAGCUGCUGGCUCCAGCUGUGGCGACAUGUCCCAGUCAGCUGAUCAUCGUGGAGCAGCAAGGAGACACGCUGCCCGCCGAGCGCAUGGUGAUCGUGACGGGCCAAGCAGAGGGCAGAGAGGUGUUUGUCAUCCCAUCCAAUCAGCUGGCGGUGAUCUCCAGUAGCCCAGCAGGUCCUGUUGUAAACAUCCCGGUAACCACGGUAACAGACUCCAGCAGCAGUCGACCUCCCAGAGAGCAGCCGGCAAACGGCAGCAGUCCUGAUGUUUCUGCUGGUAAGAAGCCACGGCUCUCCGGCGUCCCCAGCUGGGCUCUGAGACUCCGUAACGUGCAGAAGUUGGGAGACUCCUUCAGAGGGUUCUGCUGUUCGGAGGCGGAGCUGGAGGCCAUCUUGUUGCUCCAUAAGCAGCAGACCGGAUGUGUCUUUGGGACUCGUCAGUCUCCGUCUGUGGACAAACCCGCAACCAGACUCAUGUGGAAGUCUCAGUACGUCCCCUACGACGGCAUCCCCUUUGUCAACACAGGCAGCAGAGCGAUUGUGAUGGAGUGUCAGUUUGGACCUCGCAGGAAAGGACUGCAGCCAAACAGGAACUGUGACCUCCCUGCAGACACAGCGUCAUACAGAGCUACCUGUCCUGCCAGGAUCUACAUAAAGAAAGUUCGUAAGUUUCCGGACUUCAAAGUUCCAACAGAGGAGACAGCAGACAGGAGGACAGUGAGACAGGAGCAAGAGAAGGCCUUUCAGAGUCUGAAGAACCAGAACCUGGAGACAGGAGGAGUCAUCAGAUUUUACCUGCAGCUCCCCACAGAGAGAGCUCACUUGUAUCACACUGUGGACACGCCUCCCAUUCCCCCACCUCCCCCUGACCUGUCCCCUCCCCCCACCCAGCCAGAGGAGGAAGAAGAAGAGGAGGCAGGAGAGCAGGACGGAGCCGCCCCGUCUCGUCUCCACCCUCGGGUGGCGGAGAGGAUCAGACAGCUGGUGGCUGCAGGUCAUCAUCAGGUCUACACCGUCCGCAAACAGCUCAGGCGUUUUGUGGAGAAGGAGCUGUUUAAAUGUGACGGUCUUCCAGAGAGACACAACCUCAGAUUCUUCCCCACCGUCAACGACAUCAAGAACCACAUUCACGAGUCCCAGAAGGCCCUGGGGCUGACGGCCUCCACCACUGCAGAGUGGACAGAAGACAGUACUGACCCUCUGAUGGAGACCGUCACUCUGACACUGACUCCUGCUGCUGAAGGUGUGGACGGCACUGAGUCUUUGUCUCCUGAAGCUGUGCAGCUCUUUAGCUCUCUGUCGUCUCUGCAGCCGAGGAUCUUCGCUCAGCUGCAGGGAAUCCUGCAGCCGCUCCCCCCUCCUCCUCCUCCCCCUCUGUCCCCCUCCCUGCUGCCGGUCGUCAGCCCCUCCUCCUUCCUCCAGCCUGCUGUAGGAGAGUCAGAGGAGGAGCUCCAUGAGGGGCAGCAGCUCUGUGGAGGAGCCCAGCAGGAGGUGCAACUGCAGAUCAUCAACUCUCCUGACACCACUGAGGAUGCUCUGAUUGGUGGAAACGUGCUUCAGGUGGAGGUUAAGGAAGAAGAGGAGGAGAUGAAGAUGAAGGAGAUGGAGGACUUUACUGGUUCUUGUUGAACCCUCAGCACUUAUCCAGUAACUCAGUAUGUGACACCAGUUUUAACACCAGUUAUUCACAUCACUUCAGCGUUCCCUCUGAGCCACUGACAGACUUUUACUGUGAAACAUCUGAGCUGAGAACCGGAGUUUUAUCGAUGGGACCUAACAACAAUGGAAAAAACAGUGAAGGUGACUGAUUUUGGAAAUGAUCAGUGAACGGAAACAGGACGUUCCCAGGAGGUUCUGGGUAAACUGCAGAAGGUGAAUAAGAGCAGUGUGCUUGGCCCACAUGGGGUCACACGGGACGACCUCCUGAUGUGGGACAUGAAAGGUGGAAAGUUGGCGGACCUGUUAAACUGUCUUUGAAAACUGUUGUUGAAAACUUCCGGAAUGCUUGAAACAUGUGCAACAUGAAUCAGAGGCAUCCAGAACAUCAUGAGGACGUUCUCAGGACCGUCGACCAGGAGACAGACUGAGGUUACUCUGUUAUAAAUGAAGGGCUGGUUCUCUGUGGAGGUCCAUAAUCACCAUUAAUGUCUGUUUCUAUGGUCCACAGUAACUCUCUGUAGUGUGUGACAUCAUGUAAAUGCAAAAUUACAGACCCUUCUAGCGUGGAUAUCACAGACGUGAUUUUAUCACCUGGAGGUGCAGCUGCCUCUCCCUCACAGGGCUGUAGGCUCCAUAGGAGUCUUAAAAUGUGUUUGUCUUGUUGUGUUAUUGGAGCCAGAAUAAAAGGAGUCAUGGCUCAAAACCAGCCGCCACUGCCCGUCAACAAAAACAAAGAUGGUUAAAUGUGAUAAGACCAAAGGACUGGACGGAGACCAUCAUCAAAAAUGCUCAAAUGUGCAGCGCACACUUCAUAUCAGGUUAGGGAAAAAGUAUUUCCUGUUGUAGGGAUGAAUAAGGUUAUGUGUAUUAAGGGUUAUCAUGUCCACCUCAUCAGAAACUGGGGAGGGAUUAAGAGGAAUAUUGGAUUUCUCUGGAACGCUAACUUUUUAGCACAUUAGCUAAUGUUAGCUUCCAUAGCAAAACAAACAAGUGUGGUCCUCCUUUGAGAGAUUGGCUUCCUGUGACAUCAUCCAUCCACUGAGUGAGAGCAUACGGGUCAGCCAGUCUGGUCCCGUUGGUCAGUGUUUACUUAUUCAAGUAACACUGGCGGUCCCGGAGAGUGAGUGACCUGACAUGGUGCGUUGGUAAAUUCAGUCUGACGCUCUACACUAAAAUGAGAGCCCUGUUGGUCGAAGAAAUGGAGCAUAAUAUGUCUACACAAAUUAACGGUUAAGUUAAUCACACAUUCACUGCGCUCGGCUCUGGAUAACUGAACGAUACAUUCAGACAGCGCUCCGAAUUUACAAACGGUCCAGUGUGUGCGCUCCGGCACUCAGAAUGAGUAUUUCUGAACACACCACUCUCAUCAUCUUCCUCCAUUGUCUAAAACAAGACAACAGAACUUGCUAGCUAAUGUCUGUGGAGAAUUGUUUUGCCUCCAGCUAAGCCCCGCCCACCAAAAAACAUCAUACUGUUUACUAACAGUAAAAGGGUCUAUUGAUAUCAGCUGAUGUGACGUGUAGGUUUGCAACGAUGUACCGGUUUUAAGGUAUACUGUGAUGGUUAUCAGUACCGUGUGCAUUUGCUUAUCUGCGAUUUUUUUUUUUUAAAAACUGCAACUGGACAAAAUCUCAACUUUAUUUUAGUUAUUUUCAAAAGGGGAGAUUUUUGACGUAAACUUAAACUGGAAAAAAUGGUUUCAAGUUUCAGUUAUAGUAAUAAAACAUUUGCUUAACCAAAAAUAAUCUUUCCGUUUUAACUCCUUUAAGGAUCAUUCUGACUGAUGACAAUGAUAAUUAUGUAAUAAUGUGAUACCAAGAAAUCGUGUUAUUUUCUGAGACGGUUAUCGUACCUUGGAAAUCUCAUACCGUUGCAGCCCCAGUGAUGAGUGGUUGUAGACUUUAAACUUGUAAAUGUGAAUUUUGUUGAUGUAAAUAAUAUCCUGUUUAUUUCUGUACAGUUUAAAUAUUUGCACUUUAAGAUGGAAAAUGUUCUCAAUAGAUUAUUUAAUGAGCUUUUAUUGUGUUUGUUUUUCUUCUUAGGAGCUUGAAAACUACGUGUGAAUGUCAUUAAAACAACAU